GGGCUCAUUGUGUGGGGAUGUGUCUGUGAAGUGUGUUGUGUUGUGUGUGUUGUCAGCAUCGGAAGGAUUACACAUAGUAGAGGACCGCUAAGCCUGAAUCAUGCACAUUAUCACCAUUACAACCAGCUGGGAGUGGUGCAGAAAUUGUGCAAGAUACGGAUAGGAGGCACCUUUUUUGUAUUUGCUUUGUAUAAAUCCGCGUUAUUGUUGCUCCAUUAGAAGGAAAAUGAAUGAAGAGGGAGAGAAAACCCAAAGCCCCGAAUUGUGUGAAUAAUGCUAGGGGGAGACGUUGGUCUUUCGGAUACGUCGAGUUUUCCUGUCUUCGCCUUGUUGUACUGGAAAGUGACCAGACUGGAAUAAAACAGGGAGGUGGUGGCAUUUCCCCCCCAGUAACGGAUACCUUUAUUGUGUCGAGGUUGACUCGCUCGUGAUUUUGAAAUUUCAAGACUAAACCGUGGAAACUUGCAGUUAAAACGGACAGAAAACAUGGGAAACGCAGGGAGUAUGGAUUCUCAGCAAACUGAUUUCAGGGCUCAUAGCAUGCCACUGAAACUACCCAUGCCUGAACCAGGUGAACUGGAGGAGAGAUUUGCAGUCGUUUUGAACUCCAUGAACCUUCCUCCAGAUAAAGCACGAUUAUUGCGCCAGUAUGACAAUGAAAAGAAAUGGGAACUUAUUUGUGAUCAGGAAAGAUUUCAAGUGAAGAAUCCUCCUCACACAUAUAUCCAGAAAUUAAAGGGUUAUCUUGACCCAGCUGUCACCAGGAAGAAAUUCAGAAGAAGAGUGCAGGAGUCAACUCAAGUCCUUAGAGAACUGGAAAUUUCAUUAAGAACGAAUCAUAUUGGGUGGGUCAGAGAAUUCUUAAAUGAAGAGAACAAGGGCCUGGAUGUCCUGGUGGAAUAUCUUUCUUUUGCACAGUAUGCUGUCACGUUUGACUUUGAUAGCUUGGAGAACAAUGUGGAGCACUCGGUGGACAAGUCCAAGCCCUGGAGCAGAUCUAUUGAGGACUUGCACAGAGGAAGUAACUUGCCUUCCCCAGUUGGAAACAGUAUCUCCCGGUCCAGCAGGCAUUCAACACUAAGGUAUAACACAUUGCCAAGCCGAAGAACCUUGAAGAAUUCUCGAUUAGUUAGUAAGAAGGAUGAUGUUCAUGUUUGUAUCAUGUGUUUACGUGCCAUCAUGAACUACCAGUAUGGCUUUAACAUGGUGAUGUCUCAUCCACACGCUGUAAAUGAAAUUGCACUGAGUCUGAACAAUAAGAAUCCCAGAACAAAAGCUCUUGUUUUAGAGCUGCUAGCCGCUGUUUGUCUCGUCAGAGGAGGUCAUGAAAUCAUCUUAUCAGCUUUCGAUAACUUCAAGGAGGUUUGUGCUGAGACACAGAGGUUUGAAAAAUUGAUGGAACAUUUCAAAAAUGAAGACAACAAUAUUGAUUUUAUGGUGGCAUGUAUGCAGUUUAUUAAUAUUGUGGUUCAUUCAGUGGAAGAUAUGAACUUCAGAGUCCACUUACAGUAUGAGUUCACAAAGUUGUGCCUGGAUGAAUUCCUAGAUAAGCUGAAGCACACAGAAAGCGACAAGCUGCAAGUGCAGAUUCAGGCCUACCUGGAUAAUGUGUUUGACGUCGGUGCUCUUCUGGAGGAUGCAGAAACGAAGAAUGCUGCCUUGGAGCGAGUCGAGGAACUUGAGGAGAGCAUCUCCCAUAUGACAGAGAAACUUCAGGAUACUGAAAAUGAAGCUAUGGCUAAGAUAGUGGAACUGGAGAAGCAGCUCAUGCAUAGAAACAAAGAACUGGAUUCUAUUCGGGAAGUUUACAAAGACGCAAACACACAGGUCCACACGUUGCGGAGGAUGGUGAAGGAGAAGGACGAGGCGAUCCAAAGACAGUGCAACCUGGAGAAGAAAAUCCAUGAACUGGAGAAACAAGGGACAAUAAAGAUCCAGAAGAAAGGGGAUGGGGAAAUUGCAAUCCUUCCCUCAGUCCAGCAGGGGUCAGUCACCCCUGGUGCAGAAGGGGGUGCUGGUUCCUACGUGGUUGCAGGGACAUCACUGGGUCCAGAAAGUGGGGGAGUUCCUCUAGUCCCAGCACCGCCCCUGCCGCCUCCCCCUCCACCGAUGCCCGGGUCUGUGCCAAACGGACCCUCAGCCCCUCCUGCUCCUCCUCCUCCGCCACCACCCCCUCCUCCGCCGCCACCCCCACCACCCCCUCCGGGCCCUGCGCUGGAGGCGUCUCCCCCUGUGCCUCCCCCCCUUCCCCCUGCAGCCCCCCCUCUCCCUGGCUCAGGAUCUCCCACUGUCAUCUUCAACUCAGGGUUAGCAGAGGGACCCAUCAAGCUCUUCUCCGUGAAAAUUAAAAAGCCAAUAAAAACUAAAUUCCGUAUGCCAGUCUUCAACUGGGUGGCCUUGAAACCUAACCAGAUAAAUGGAACUGUCUUCAAUGAAAUUGAUGAUGAAAGGAUUCUGGAGGAUCUGAAUGUGGAUGAAUUCGAAGAAAUGUUCAAAACAAAAGCUCAAGGCCCUACCAUAGACCUAACAUCAAGUAAACAGAAGGUCAUUCAGAAGGGACCAAAUAAAGUGACGUUACUGGAUGCCAACAGGGCUAAAAACCUGGCCAUCACUCUGAGAAAAGCUGGGAAAACACCAGAGGAAAUAUGCAAAGCCAUUCAGAUGUUUGACCUAAGAACUUUACCUGUGGAUUUUGUUGAAUGUCUGAUGAGGUUCCUGCCAACGGAGAAUGAAGUGAAAGUCCUGCGGCAGUACGAGAAGGAGAGGAAACCACUGGAGAGCCUGACGGACGAGGACAGGUUUAUGAUGCAGUUCAGCAAAAUUGAGCGAUUAAUGCAAAAAAUGACUAUAAUGGCCUUUGUUGGGAAUUUCACUGAGAGCAUACAAAUGCUAACCCCUCAACUUCAUGCAAUAAUUGCAGCAUCGGUGUCUAUAAAAUCAUCACAGAAAUUAAAGAAGAUACUUGAGAUUAUUUUGGCUCUCGGAAACUAUAUGAACAGCAGUAAAAGAGGAGCGGUCUAUGGUUUUAAACUCCAGAGUUUAGACUUGCUUUUAGACACAAAGUCUACGGACAGAAAGCAGACUCUGUUACACUACAUUGCCAAUGUAGUCAAGGAGAAAUACCAUCAGGUGUCCCUCUUCUACAACGAACUCCAUUAUGUUGAAAAGGCAGCAGCAGUAUCACUAGAGAAUGUCCUAUUGGAUGUGAAGGAACUUCAGAGAGGAAUGGACUUGACAAAACGGGAGUACAGUAUGCAUGGCCACAACACUAUGCUGAAAGACUUCAUCAACCAAAACGAAGGAAAGCUCAAGAAACUCCAAGAUGAUGCCAAAAUUUCACAGGAUGCAUUUGAUGAAGCAGUGAAAUAUUUCGGAGAAAAUUCCAAAACAACGCCUCCUUCUGUGUUCUUUCCCGUCUUUGUCCGAUUCGUGAAGGCCUACAGGCAAGCAGAAGAGGACAAUGAACAGAGGAAGAAACAGGAGCAGGCACUCAUGGAGAAACUGUUGGAGCAGGAGGCCAUGCUGGAGCAGCAGGACCAGAAGUCGCCAUCGCAUAAGAAUAAGAGGCAGCAGCAGGAGCUGAUUGCAGAGCUGAGGAGGAAGCAAGUCAAGGACAGCAGACAUGUCUAUGAAGGCAAAGACGGUGCCAUUGAAGAUAUAAUUACAGAUCUUCGAAAUCAGCCCUACAGGCGAGCCGACGCGGUGAGGAGGAGCGUCAGGAGACGCUUUGAUGAUCAGAACUUGCGCCCAGUGAACAACUCUGAAGUCACGAUGUGAAUGAGAGAACAGCACGUGUCAGGAAUGUGUGUGUGUGUGCGUGUGUGCGCGCCAUUGCAUCUUUGUGAAAAGUAAUGGUUGAACAAAAGCCAAGAGCUAGUUUCAAACCGGUGGGGCUGGAGGGUAAAAGGAGUCUUUGUCCCUGAAUUCGGGAAUCUAGCAUUUAGAAGCCAAGUGCCUAAUUCUGAUUAGAAGGUGUUUACUAGUAGCAAUAUGACCUGAUCUGGCUUUAAUUCUGUUCCAAGUAAUGUUGAGCUUUUUUUUCUAAACUGGACACAAAUGUCUGUACAGAAAAUCCUCAAGUCUUUCUUUUGAAAGUUCAGAAUGUAAGGAACAUGAUUCCUGGUGUUGAGGGGUAUUCCGUGACAUUUACUAUGGAACUCCAUAGUAAUUGUGUAAUACAUUCCGGUGCUAUUGUAUUUAGCCUAGGAAUUAAUUUUGUGCUUUAGCUGCAUUUUUUUUUCAUUAGCUUCUCCUUUUUUUUACUCAAGGGCUAAUGAUUUUAUUUAUUUUUUUAAAGAAAAAGUGUCCCGGUUCAUUCCAACAUUUAAUACAAAUCAAUUUCCAGGAGCAGAAGUACUAUGACAUAUAAGGGUGAACUGUUUCUUCCCACAGUCAAAGAUUUCUGAGCAAAUAUACAGCAAUUCCAGAAAACUGAAGGGACAUUCCGAGGCUGGGCUACAUUUUUUUUUUGUGAAAUGACAAGGUUAAUGUGAAUUGUAUAUACUGUAGGCCUCCAUACUAAGGUAUUAACAUCUCAUUUAUCAGUGUUAUUAUGGUUUACAUGGACCAAUACAAAAAAAAUGUACAGUUUCAGAGAUGAACUACUGAAGUAGAACUUAAGUGCUCAAAUAAAAUGCAAAUAAAAAAAAGGUAUGAAAAUGUGAACCUUAUAAAUACAUACCAUAUAAUGAAAUGAUGUGAGAAUUCGGUAAUGAUAAUUAGAGCAUACUACAUCCUGUUGUGCCGUAUACACUAUAUAUGUUGAAUACAAAACACAGGCAAAGCACUUAAGACUUCUUAAGUAGUUUAUCAUGAAAAUGAAUUCUGAUUUUAAUUCUCUUAAGAUAUGCUUUAGCUAACAACUAAAUCACCUUGAUUGUUUUUACUCACCAUCUUUAUUGUACAAGUUUAAUGUAUAGUAUUUAACCACUAAUCCACGUUCAUUCAGUUUUGCUCAUGUGAACCACUUGGUGUGAGUGGCAUUUGUUUUUGAUAAUGUGUAGUUAUGUUAAAAAAAAACAAAACAAAAAAAAUUUCUAAAUGUACAGAUAUUUUGCUACGAAAUGGGUGCAGUUUUUAUGUUUUUUGUUUUCUUUUUUUUUAUAAUUCUUUUUAAUCCACAUAUUAGCUUAUAGUUAAUAUUGUACAUAUUGUUUAAACAAAGUUUGCAACACUCUCUACUAUACAAUCUGAAUGUUUCUUUAACUUAUAGUUUUUUUGUAUAUUUAACUAAAAUGACAGUGAACAAAAUUUUGGCUUAGCUUUAAUAGAUUGAUCCUAGAUAUUUUUAAGAAGUUUCACAAUGAUGUAUUCUGUGUGCUAAGCAGAACAUGCCAAGAUUUUGUCUUGCUUGCCUGACAUUAAAAUGGCAUUAAACCAUUGAUAUUACAGUGAAACUUACAGGUCAUUUGACCCUAAAAUAUCGAUUUCGCAUGUGUGUCAGCUUAUUUUAAGGAAAAAAAAAGGUAGGUUUGUGAAUUUCGACUUUGCAACAAUUUCAUCUCUUUAACUGGAUAAUAUUGGCAUGUUCUUCAGUAAUGUAUUUUAGGCGAUACCUGCUUCUUUGCAAUAUUAAACAUUUUAAUAACGCAAGUUUCAAAUUAGAUCUCUGGUUUCUCCAUGGCUAUGUUCAAAUAAACUAUUUACACUACUAUAAA